AUGUUCUCCGAUCAGAAUACGACACUUGGCAUCAGAAGCUGCGUCUCUCGUCGGGACGUGACAGAAACGGGCGAAGCCUUGGACACGGUGACGCUGCCUCGAAAUGUGACAAUAGCGGGAGAAUCCAUAGGCGCUGUAGCCGACCUCAGUCAAUCCAAUCCUCAAAAUGUGACAAUAGCGGAGGAGUCUGUAGAUGGUGUAGUGACUAGGAGCCAGGCCAAAUCCCGGCUAGAUGCGUUUCUGGCAGCACAGGGGGAGCGCGUCAGCCGUGCCAGGUGGCAAGACGCCAUUCGCCAAGGGAAAGUGCUGGUGAAUGGCGCCGUUCAGAAGAAGGUGAGAAGCAGGGACGGUGUAGCAGGGUGCAAUGGCAGUCUCGCCUUCUCAUCUCACCCUUCCAUCUCCCAUCUCUCCUCUGUUUCCCCCUCCCCAUUUCUCCUCCUCGUUCUUCCUCUCGUCCAGCCGUCGUACGCAGUGAGGGAGGGCGACAGGGUGCAGGGCAGGCUGGCCCCGCCCCAGUCACAGCACGCGUUGGAGCCAUCCGCCAUUGCCCUGCACGUGGUGUAUGAGGAUGACCACGUGGUCGUGAUCAACAAGCCACCCCACAUGGUAAGUCUUGUCUUAUGCGCGCUUCUCUACUCCCCAUGCACGUGGAGCCAUCCCCCAUUGCCCUGCACGUGGUGGGCGAGCGGGCCGGAUGCGCAGGCAGGGGGGUUUGACGUGAGGCCAGGGAUAGUGCAUCGGCUGGACAAGGGAACCAGCGGACUGCUUGUUGUGGCCAAGGAUCCGUUCAGCCAGGCUCACCUGAGUGCGCAGUUCAAGGCUCGCACCGUGCACAGAAGCUACCUGUCCCUCGUCAUCGGCACGCCCUCUCCUCCCUCCGACCGUGUGGAUGCGCCCAUCGGUCGGGACCCCAAGGACCGCAAGCGCAUGGCAGUGCUGCCCCUCACGGGUUCUCACCGCAGCAGACGAGCGGCCAGCAGGUACCGGGUGUUAGAGUCGCUGGCAGGAGGAGCAGCCGCGCUGGUGGAGUGGAGGCUGGAGACCGGGAGGACACACCAGAUCAGAGUACAUGCGCGGCUCCUGGGCCAUCCGUUGAUCGGCGAUGAAACGUACGGCGGAUCGACACGCCACGUGUCGUCUCGCCUCCUGGCAUCGUUGCCCUCCUCUUCACCUCUCCGCUCGCCUGUGGCUCAGUGGAUUGCUGGGCUGGAUCGACCCCUGCUUCAUGCAGCCACACUUGGGUUCGUACACCCGCAUAAACUCGAUGUCCUAACCUUCGAAGUUGCACCUCCCAUCGAUUUUAUCCAGGCAUUGCGAUUGCUUAGAUUGUUGUGA